AUGCUGUUACCGGCUAUUUUGUUUUUGGCUGGAAUUUCAGCCGAUGUUACAGUGCUCGAUUCGGGAAAUUUUGAUAAUGUGCUCAAGGAGAAUGAGCUAGUUUUUGUUAAUUUUUAUGCUGAUUGGUGUCGAUUCUCGCAAAUGUUGAAGCCUAUUUUUGCGGAUGCUUCGAAGAAGUUUGAGGUGAGGAUUCUGGGGAGAAAAUGAAAAUGAGAUGGAAAUCAUGAAAAAUCAGAAUUUUUAAAUAAAAAAAGGCAAAAUAUGGAGUUUUCUAUACAAAAAUUUGGCUAGGUAACAUUUUCAUGCAAAUUCAAGCUGAAAAAAUGAAAAACAAUUAUAUCCCAUCCAGAAGCUGCAAAACUAUUCCCAUUUUUUUUGCAGACACAAGAAAAAGGCAAAAUUGUAUGGGGAUCAUUGGAUGCUGAUAGAAAUACAGAUAUUGCAACCAGAUAUCAUGUCAACAAAUAUCCAACACUCAAAUUGUUCAGAAAUGGAGAACCAACCAAAAAAGAAUAUAGGUAAGAAAGAUUUUCUGGAAAGAAAAUAACCUAAAAUUGUGAAAUUCUUUUUUCCUUCUGAAACACUAUCCUGAAUUUUGUCAGAUCUUCUCGAUCAAUCGAAGCUCUUUCCGAAUACAUCACCAAACAAAUGCAAUUAUCAGCCAAAAUUUUCACCGACAAAGCAAGCCUCGAAUCGUCAAGAAAUGCUGAGAAAAACACGAUAAUUGCAUAUUUCCGCGAACAAUCUGGAGUAGAAUUUGAGAAUUUGAAAAAGGUUGCACAAUUGAUGCCAGAUGAUUGUGAUUUUUUGGUUGGAAUUGGUGAACAAGGAUUUGAGCAAGAAGUACAACCAGUUGGACAGACACCUAAAUUAGUAUUCCAACCGAGUAGUGUGAGUUUUUUGAAGAAAAAAGGGGUUUGAGCGAAAAAUUGGGAUAAAAAUAGUUUUAUAUUAUUGUUGACCUGGAAAAUGGAAAAAUUCGAAAAUUUGCAGCCUUCUGAAAAUGUUAUAUUUAGGGUUCAGAGAAAUUAUUAAAAAAAAGAUUUUUGAUCGAAAAAUUCCCGUAUUUUUGCAGAAAGCGCAAAACACUGCCCAAAUUCCAUUCAGUGGCGACUUCCAAACAUACGAAUAUCUCCGUCAAUGGAUUUCUGAUCGAUGUGUUCCAUUAGUUCGAGAAAUCACAUUCCAAAAUGCAGAAGAAUUGACUGAAGAAGGAUUGCCAUUCUUGAUUCUAUUCAAACAUCCUGAUGAUUUGCAAAGUGAAAAAGUAUUCACCGAUGCAGUUAUGAGAGAAUUACCAGAACAAAAGAAAUGUGAGUGGUUUUUUGGGAAGGGAAUAAGGGAUUUUGGUGGAAAAGAGACGUAGAGAAACAUACGCUGUGCUGUGUGUGUGUUGGUUUUUCUUGUCUUCUUUCAAGUCUUCUCCCAUCUUUCCCCAUUCGAUUUCAUAUCUAUACCAAUUUAUGCGAUUAUCAUCACCGGGUGUCGUGGCGGGCACCUGUGAGCCAGCUAAUUUGUACAUAUGGCGGUAGACGCGUGGGAUGGGUGAUGAUGUUCAUAAAUGCAGUGAGGAGACCUCUUUCAAACGCCACAUUCGAAUUAUUCCAUUCAUCACCUCACCAUUUGAUUCCUCGCCACUUUCAUCUAUAUCCCAUCACAUGAGGUACAGCUUCAUGUGGUGGACCCCGUCGGCUUCAUACGGUGAAGUCUUACGGGACCACGCCUAAAGCCCUACGUGGGCUCUGGUCGGGGUGGCUUGCCUUGGGCGAGUCAGUUCCUUCCUACUUCUCAUGGGCUGCUCGGAAUCUUCUCGAGGAUUUCUUUGGGAGACUUGCUCAGUAGCGGCGGCAAGUCUCCCAUAGAAAUCCCCGGGUUUAUUCCCACCAGCCCAUUGUGGGAAGGUUAGGUGAAAGGAGAGUUGAGGAAUCCUAUGGUAGGAAGAUGAGUGAUGAAUGAUUCGGUGGAGGUGUUUGAAUUGAUGGUGAGCUGUGAGGUGCCGUGUGCCCAGUGCUCAAGAACUGGGACGAUGCACUGAAUGUCAGAUAGCUCCAGACCACUCGUCGUUUUGGAAUUUUGAGUUUUGCUUUCGAAAUCAUUCAGAAAAACUGAGAUUUCUAAACUUUAAUUCUUUAAUUCAAUAUGUUCUAAUUUUUCCUCUAAGAAUAUCUCCCGGAUAAAAUACGUUUCUAAAUUUAAAUUUAAUAAAAAAUAAAAUCCUUGAAUUGAUAACUGUUUGAAGGAAAUAUUGAAUAUCUGAAAAUUUCCAGUCAAGAGAGAACUUGGUUUUGAAAUUUAGAUAAAAAUCGAAUAACCUAGAAAAAAGUUCAAAGAUUUAUCUCAACUUUUAAAUUUUUCUGGAAAUAAAAGAACUUUUGCUCAAAAAUUAUAUAAUUUCAAAUUUUCAGUCGAAAAAAAUUCCAAAAUACGAAAAUUUUAAUAUUUUCAACAUUUCUGACCCAAUUUUUAUUGAAUUUGAGAAGAAAUACAUUGGUUUUUUCCCAAAAAUCCCCAUUUCUUAUCCAUAUUUCUUUCCGAAAAAAUUAUCGAUUUUUCAGCCAUAAAUUGUCUUGUUGCUGAUGGAAAAAAAUUCGCGCACCCACUUCAUCAUCUUGGAAAAUCCGAAUCUGAUUUGCCAGUUAUUGCAAUCGACUCAUUUAGACAUAUGUAUUUAUUCAACAAUUAUAAUGAUAUUAAGUGAGUUUUGUGAUGAUUUUUGGGCUGAAAAUCUGGAGUUUUGAUACAAAUUAAGCCAUAAAACUCAAAAUACACCCAAUUCCAAGCCAGAAUUCAAAACAGUUUUUGUUUUCAGUGCUCCUGGAAAAUUGAAACAAUUUGUGUUAGAUUUGCACAGUGGAAAAUUGCAUAGAGAAUUCCAUCAUGGACCAGAUCCAGUUAAUCAAAAUCAAGUGAGUUUGAAAAAUUAAGCAACAAUUUUCAGAGAAAUUUGAAGAAAUCUGAACUAUCACAUAAAGUAUCGAUAAAAAAUCUAUCCAAAAAUAUUUGCAGAUCGAAGGCGGAGCUCCAGAAACUCAACCACCACCAUCAGCUUUCGAAAAACUGAAACCAGCUUCAUCCAGAUAUACAUUAUUGGAUAAAUCCGAAUUAUAG